UUGCCUACAUGUAUACAGAGUCUGCAUUUCAUCAUCAAGGAUAUGAGAUAUUAAAGGAUUUGGAGCCUUAUAUGCGUGAUUUAACUGGCUUAUUACAUGACGUGAGUAUGUGUAUGUGUGUAUGUAAAUGUAUAAUGACUGAACUAGUCAAGACAACGAUAUGAGGAAGAAGUAGAAGAAGGACUCGAAUAUCAACAGAUUUGUAAAAAUGUAAGUGUAUUCUGUAGUCUUAUACAUUUAUCAAAGUUAGAAUGCUACUGAGCAAUAUAAUCCAAUGCAAUACCCACUACAAGAAGCAGCACCCAAACCACGUAAAUCAGGUUAUUUGUUUGAAAGAAAGAAUGGCAGAGUCUACCAAAGUUGGUCAAGAAAGUAUUUCUCUAUUUUUGAUGGUGAAUUGAUCAGUACCACAAGAAAGAUAUCUUCAAAAGAAGAAGAAGGCACCCAUGUUUAUAACUUGAGAGUAUGCAGUGUUAAAUUGACAGAAGGUUAUGAUAGACGGUUUUGCUUUGAGGUGAUUUCACCCAACAGAAUAUUGGUAUUACAAGCAGAAAAUGAACAAGACAUGAAUGAAUGGAUCAGCAGUAUUCGUACAGCAAGUCAAUUGGCCUUAAAUAAUGAUGCACCCCGCUAUGUACAAAACUCACCUCAUCUUCGAAAGAACAUACUCGAGUCGCAAAAAGAGACAGAGUUAAAUGAAGAUCAAAGAGAAUCACUCUUGAAAAUACGCAUGAUACCUGGAAAUGCUCAGUGUGCUGAUUGCAAAGUCAAGGAUCCUGAAUGGGCUUGUACCAAUCUAGGCAUUAUUGUCUGCAUUGAAUGCUCAGGUAUUCAUCGUAGUUUGGGUGUGCAUGUAAGUAAAGUAAGGUCGGUUGUGUUGGACAAAUGGGAACCAGAUGCUAUUGAGGUGAUGUUGAGAUUAGGCAAUGAUGUUGGUAAUCGCAUUUACGAAGAAAAUGUGCCUGCUCAUAUGGAACCAUUUCGUAUCCACCCCGAUUCCAACAGAAAUGACAGAGAUUUAUGGAUCAUUGAGAAAUAUGUCAAACGAUCUUUUGUUAAACCAAGUGAAUUAGACCAAGCAGCUCUUGAUAAAGCAUUUUGGGGUAAUAUGGUGGAAGGAGAUUUAGAAAACGCAUUAAAGAGACUGGCUCAAGGGGCUCAUGUGGACUACAAGCAUGAUUCACAAACAGCCUUACACAAAGCAGUAGAAAAGGGAGAUGAAGUUUUGGUUGAAUUUUUGCUACAGAGGUUAAGUGAUAUUGAUCAACAAGAUGGUAAAGGAUGGACAGCACUUCAUUAUGCAGCUGCCAAUAAUAAUGUUCGAUUGGUAUUGGCCUUACUGAAAAGACAUGCCAAAGCAGACAUCAAAGACAAUGCUAAUAUGACAUCGUUAGAUUUAGCUGUAGAAAAACAAAGUGUUCAAGCAGUAACAGCACUUCGUUUAUUUGCAUUUGAUAAGCAACACAAUUCAUCACCCGCCAGUUCUUUGGACUUUGGAUUUAGAGAAGCCAUGUCUUCUUUCAAGACAGAACGACCCACUAUGCCUACUACGUCUCAUUCCGCUAUUGACAUUCGAGAAAAAUCGACAGACGAUCCCUAAUUUUAAUUUUUUUUUUUUUAUUUAUAAAAUUCUUUUUUGAAGUCUAGGUCGACCCCGAGGUUUAUGCUUUACAUCUUGACAGCCUAUUUUACCUGUAGCAACACAGCGACGACAAGGACGUAC